AUGGGCUCCAUAGCCAGCUCGCAGGCCUUUGGCAAUGCACUCUCCGGUCUACAGGGGGUCACAGGUCAACUAGUCACUAAUGCACAAGGACAGGUGAGUGGAAGACAGGAGGAAACAGUGAAUUCAUAUGGCAUAUUGAUUUGGGGUAGAAAUGAAUUCCUUAUACAUGACCGCAAUUUCUAGCUGCACAUAUACUGGUGGGUGAGUAGACUUAAAUAAAUCAUUCUUCAGUCCAGUCGUCUUUAAAGUGACAGCUCUUCAUACAACAACUAUGUUUCAUACAGUACCUACAAACGUAUGUGUUUAGGCCUCUCAUCACACAAUAUAUUCUGUGUGUGUAUGUGCUGCAGGCCACAUGAGGGCACAAUACAGUAGCUGCUACCUACCCUGAUCACAUGUAGGUGACAUACCUUUAAGUACCUUUAAGCUCGUGAUGAGAUCAGACAACUUUAUUGAAAUCAUUGUCUAAUAGCAAGUUCAGCUGGUGAGUUGAGUGGGACAUGAUGACAACCAACAAUGGGCCACUGAAAACAGAAAGGCGGUAUCAGAUGUUCAGAGGAGGGCUAUGACAAAUGAGUGGGUCAAAACAUUACAGUAUGGGCUGAGCAUGCUCUGUGGGCACACAAUACUGUUGAUGAGGAAAUGGGAAAUCAGCUGGAGAGGAAAUAAAAUAUCCUGGGGGGGGAUGGUUUGCUGGCUAGAACAUUGAACAGGAUCAUUCCACAGCUCAUUUUUUUGCACAUCCUGCUUCUUUCAUAUAAUAAAGACCAGGUAUGUAGCAAAGAAGGUGGAAACCCACAGGGUGGCGCUGUGGGUUAAACCACAGAGCCUAGGACUUGCUGAUCAGAAGGUCGGCGGUUCGAAUCACCGCUACGGGGUGAGCUCCCGUUCCUCAGUCCCAGCUUCUGCCAACCUAGCAGUUCGAAAGCAUGUCAAAGUGCAAGUAGAUAAAUAGGUACCACUCCGGUGGGACGGUAAACGGCGUUUUCAUGCGCUGCUCUGGUUCGCCAAACGCGGCUUAGUCAUGCUGGCCACAUGACCCGGAAGCUGUACGCCAGCUCCCUCGGCCAGUAAAGCGAGAUGAGUGCCACAACCCCAGAGUCGGCCACGACUGGACCUAAUGGUCAGGGGUCCCUUUACCUAUGGAGCAAAGAAAACCCCUGCAAUAGAGCAAUGGACUAGCUUUUAGUAUUUAACUCCAUAUUACUACAUUUAUUUUAAUUGUUCACCAUAAUCCUACCCACACAUGAUGGUGCAUCUACAUCUGACCUAGAGGAGCUGCUGAAGGCCUCCCUGGUCUGGCAAUUCAUUUUAACGUGAGGCACUCCUUUACUUCCCCCAGGAACAUGAAGCAACAUGUAGUUCUCCAACCCACUGCAAAUAACUUGGUGUCUCCUUUUCUUCCAGAAUUAACCUGUGCCCCUUGGGCUUAGGUGGAAAGCAAGCUAAUGGAUUCUCCUCAAGGAGUCUUUUAGCAGCCUUGAUUGCAAGUAAAUGACAUACCGCCUUCAUUUGUAUAAUUCUUCUUGAUAUUACUUCUCUUCAUAUAAUAGUCACACCAUUGCUGAAGCCCACUAAUUAAACAUAAUUUCCCAGUAUUCUAUUAACCACGUCGGGGCGACCUCACACAGGCACCCCAAAACCCCUCCUACCUCUUGUAAAUGCUUAUUCCCAGCAUUACUUUUAAUAACUUGAAAUCACAGCUAUAGUAUCAUUAGUGCUUUUUUUCUUAAAAAAUCUUUAGGGGUACUCUCAUUUUCCUAGUCAUAUUGAAAUACUGCCCCUCAAUGAGGCCAAACUUAGAUUCACAAAAUGUUUAGGGGGUGUGCGUCCCCCUGCAUCCCCCCAGAAAAAAAAGCACUGAGUAUCAUUAUUGACAGUCAUUGAAACCAGUGAUUGUAUAGUAUUUGUGCUUCCUCAGUUAUUGACAUAUAAUUCAAAAACGCAGAAGCAAUAAAUUCUUCUUCUCUGUGAUUUGAUAUCACCAAUUUACUUAUCUGAGACAGAAGUGGCAUUUAUUUAUUCUGUCCAGUGUGUUUAAAUAUUAAAAGGAGCACCCUCAAGCAUCAUGUUUUGGGGGUUGCUUUUUGAAAACUUAUUAUUAACAUAGAGCAUAAGCAAAGAUACAUCUGGAGCUCACUCUCCUCAUCAUAUAAGUCCCACAAGGAAAAAAUGCUGACCUUGUUAUAUUUACUGGGUGGGUACAGAAUUGUUCCAUCACUACCCCGAGGGUUGAACGAUGGAGCUUGUCAAAGUGAGGCCUUAUCUAAUGAAUCAUCUUAUCGCAGGUGCACACCACACAUAUUAAAGGAGGAUUGCACGACCAUUGUGCCCUCUACAAUAACCUUUCAGUGUCUACUUUAACCCUUGUUUCAAUCCCUUUUCAUCAAAGGAUCAUUUUAUGCAGCCAGCUUUAAAUGGAGGCUCUCAAAAGCCUAUUAAGAUUUCUGUUAGGGGCAGAGUAUUGGAAUGGAAGAAAAGUUGGUUGUAAUGCCUAUAACUCAUAGUCAGAUCAGUUCCAUCCAGAAACGUUGCUUGUUUAUAUCUGUGCUUCAGAAAUAGUGCAAACUCUCCUCUCACAGGAAGCACUAGACAGCAGGAUGUAAAUUUAAGGCUCUGAAAUAUAAAACCAUGGCAGUUUGUCAGUCAAGGGGUUUUUUUCUCAGACUUCUUUCAGGCUCUCCCAGGAAGGCAAAUAAUUGGAAUGUGGUGGUAAACUGUUGGGUGAACAGAGUUCUGUGUUUGAAUAAUAUCAUGUAGGAGACUUACAGUGGCACUGAAUAUUUAUUUUAUAAACCAAAUCUGGCCAUCCCACAAGUUUCAGGGGUAGGCGGAAUUUCACUUUUGCAAAACUCCAGAAGCCAUGCAACAGUUAAGAAUCUAUGUGAAGGGCUUCUUUUAAUAAAUUUAGGAUGGCACUCUGCAUCAUGUGUCUUUAUAUUUUAAAUCCCUGAAAGAGAGAUCUGCUGGGGUGGGUGGUUCAUAGGCUUUUAAAAGUUGCCCAUUUCUGAUUUUAUUUGUGUUAUUUCUACCCUACUUCUCAUAUACCGGGCUUGCAUAUCCAGAUCUAAUUAAAAAUGAAACUGCUGUUCAUUGUGCUAAAAUCACAACUAUAAUUAAUUCAACUGCAACCACAGAGAGUCUAAAAAGAGAAACCUGCAGCAAGCCAGCACUGCCAACUUGCAAAUGCCUUCACUAAAAGUUAGGUUUUCAGGAGAAAUUUCACAUGAUACUAACACAUUUUUAAAGCUCUGGAGUGGAAGUAUAACUACCAUUUUCCACUGACCAUUGACCAUGCUGGCUGGCGCUGAUGAGACCUCUGGGCCUCUCCAACCCACAAAACUCUUCCCAGGCUGUGUCCCUUCUCCAGGCCAAAUCCCUCACUGGCCCUACUCUGCAACCUCCUCAGGUUUGAAUGGCUUGAUGGUAUCCUUGAGCUGUGAUGAUGCUUCUUGCCUGAUGGAUGGAGGGAAUGUGUGUGUGCAUGUGUUUGUGUGUAUUUGCAUGGCUGGAAUGUUGUGGAAAGGAGAGAGUCACAUUGCUCUGUUCACUCUUGCCUCAGGCCCUGAUCACUCUGGCAGGCAGCCUCCAGAAGGCUGUGCAUAAUAGAACGUGGGUUGUGGGCUGAAAAAGGCUCCUUUAAAUCAUGGUUUUAAAUAAACCAUGGCUUAAAGUGAAUGAGUAGCACACUGCUAAAAUCACAUGUGUUUUGCUGCUGCUGUUGUUGUUGUUGUUCGUUUAGGUACUGCUCAAUGCCCAGAUGACUCUAAAAAAAACAUAAAAACCAGUUGCACAACAUUGUCUAAAUACAGAAUAAUUUAAAAUAAAUUACGAUUAAAAUGUGCAAUGAAACAAUUCCAUUAAAGCAACACAGCAAUUAAAGCAGUGUUCCUCACCGCACUGCUGCCUGUCCUUAGCCAGGGUAGAUCAUAGAAUCAUAGAACUGUUGGAAGGGACCACCAGGGUAAUCUAGUGCAAUUCCCUGCAAUUCAAGAAUCUUUUACCCAACAUGGGGCUCAAACCCAUGAGCCUGAGAUUAAGAGUCUCAUGCUCUAUUGGCUGAGCUAUCCCCAUAAACCAGAGGUUGUGAACGAGCACUCAAGGUUUGUUUCCCACAAACAAACCAUAAAUGGUAAGGCAAGCUUAGUUCUUAGCUUACUGUUCAUGGUUUGGUUUGGGGGAAGCAAGCUAUGUGUUCACACAUAACUUGAAAGCAACCUCUCUUGCCUCCCUGUCACAAUGGAGGAAGAAGUCAGGGAGGAGCAAAGUGUGCUUUUGAGCAGGGUGUAACAGCAUGCUGCUUAUUCAUAUUAAAUUAUGGUUAAUUUAUUUCAAACAAUAGUUUAAAGUGAUGUGCGAACCUGGCCUUUUUUCUAGCUAUGAAGGAAUUCUAAGCAAGUGCACAAGAAGUAUGUAAUGAAAGGACACUGCUGGGAUAGAGAGGGGCAAGAAGGAAGCAGCUUUUUAAGGGUCCCUGCUAACUGGCAGUAGAAUUUUGCCAGACUGCACUGGAAAGGUUGAUGCUGCAACUAAAGCAGUUCCCCCCCCCUUUUAAAGUAGUACACAUAGGGUCUGAAAAAAUGAGGCAGACAGCACUGAAAUGCAACAGUUUGGCAGCAUCAGUUUUUAGAUUCUCCAUAAAAAAUGAAUGAAACAAAUGAUGACCAUUCCAGAGAAAACAGCUAGUGUACAGCAAUCUUCGACAACCUGGUGCCCUCCAUAAGAUUUGGACUACAACUCCAUCAGUCCCAGCCAGCACAGCCAUGAACUGGAGAGCACCAGGUCUCAUCGUUUUGCAAAUGAUAUAUAUGUAACCAGUGGUUAUCCAAAAUGAUAAGUUUUAAAGGAAGACACCUAAAUGCACAACUGCGCUGAGGAUUCCUAAAAUAAUAUUACCAGAUUUGCUGUUUUCACUGAUAAAUGCAAUUCAUCCUCUCCCAUCCUUACACUUCAGUAAUCCACUUAAAUUCAAUGACAGUAUGUGUGUUUUACACAGGGGCUGCAGGCUGGUUUCUAAGAUUGGCUCAUUUUAACAAUUAACCAAGUGUUCUUAAGACAAUAACAAUAUUCAUUUUUGUCAGCAGACCUUGCAGAAGGUUAGCAGAAUUAGACUGAAGUAAUCACUUACAGUUUCUGGAGUUCAAAGGCUUUAUUCAUGAAGGAACGAUUUACAGGAUGAUUGGUGAUAGCAGAGAUAUAGCAGACAUAUUGUCUGAAGAGAACAACAAAUGGAAUGGCUCAGCUUUUGGGGUAGAGUUAACUUAGACAAAGAGGGUUACAAACAAGUGCUUGCUAGACAGUGCCCUCGUGUGGUUUAAAGUAACACAUGUAUUAACUACAAACACCAAUAAUUUUAUCAGCUAGCAUGACUAUGUUAUUGUGCAAGUUUAAAAAAACUAAUUGUUUUGAAUAUUGCUGCAAUUGAAAGAAAAAAGAAAAAGCAAUCAGCAAAAGACUCAUGGGUGUUAUGUCACAGAAUUCAUUUGCCAUGAACCUAUGCAUCAGUAGGAAAAUCUUCCUGAGAAAAGCGCCUCAUGAAAAGCUCCCACUAAUUAGCAAACAUUAUCUGCCUUCAGAGAGCUUUAAUCCACAAUUAGCUCAGGAGACUAAGCAUGCAGGAUGGUGUCGUUGAUCCAGUUUGAUAAUGGGAGUACUUUGCUUCUCAUUAUUCUGCAGAGAGGGCAUCCAUUGGCUCCUUGAGCAUCUUGAUGGUAAAUGGUGCUAAUAAGGCCUGAUGGUUCUCUGCUCCUAACAAGCCUCUCAGCAGCAAGAGUGAUUACAAUGGAGAUAGAUUUGAUGGGAUGCACUUGCUUUUGUAGUGUCUCAGCUGCUGACACUCUGCGACAUAAUCAGGUCACAGAGCCGGUCACAGCCAUCAGCAAAAGCCAUAGCUCUAUCCCUCAUUAUUAAAGGGUAUUAUUCUGACCCAGGCCUUCCUAACACAGCCAAGGGCCUUUUCGUUCCUUUUAUAUAUAUAUAAUAUAUAUAUAUAUGUCUCCCCCAACCCGCUGCUGCUUUUUGGUAAAGCAUUAACUCCCAACUAAUAAAAUAAAAUACUUCAUCAGCUAAAAAGCUAGUAAAUUUUAAAGCAAAGGAAAUAAAGCAGCCCCUUUCAAACCCAGUGAAGGGAUCACAAUUAAAUAAGAUGGGGAAUUUUUGUCACCAUGCACUGCAUGGUACAAUAUAAUAUGUCAUGUGCAAUAAAAAAGAGUGGAAAGCAUUACAAAAUAGGAUUUGACUCUCUUUAUGGAUGGAUUUGUAAAGUACCAAAGCAUCUCUCUUUUGAAGAGACUCUGGGCUACCAUUUUUAAUGUGCCUGUGUCCUGUUUCCCCACAAUUGCUUUUAUUUUCUUGUAGCAUCAGAAAUACUUUCUUUGAAUAACGAGGACGCAGGCACGACAAUACACUCUGGAGUAGUUCCACAACAGUCAAUGGAACUACCCCAAAUGAAAUUUUCAGGUUGAUGCAGUUUCAGGCAAGGGGAUCCCCCCUCCAAGAGAUGAAACUGGUGUGAAAAGAGGGACACUGCAUUGUGCAUACAUUCAUAUACGUAAUUUAUUCAUUUGCUAUGCAGCAUUCACAGGUUCUUGUGUUUUAACAACCUCUUUGAUCCAUGGCAAUAGUGGGACAAAAGAAACAUGUCUGCACAACAUGGAAAAUGAUGCCCCUCUUAAGUCAUUUUCAACUCUUAUAAAUAAUACUCUAUCCCCAGCCCAAUGCUGUUACCCAAUGUGAUAGUAUUUGCUUCAAAAUCACUUUCACCGGAGCUGGAAACAGCUUUUGCUUGCUUUGUGCUUCGAAACAUGGAAAAAGCAAAAGGCCUGAUCCUUUCCCAAUUGUAAUUUCCCCAUUUUAAAAAGACACAUCUAUGUAGGUUCCCUGCUUAACUGAUAGGAAACAUGCGUAUUUUAUAAUUGGGCAUGGCUACCCAACUACGUGGGACGUGGGUGGCGCUGUGGUCUAAACCACAGAGCCUAGGGCUUGCUGAUCAGAAGGGCAGCGGUUCGAAUCCCCAUGACGGGGUGAGCUCCCAUUUCUCUGUCCCAGCUCCUGCCAACCUAGCAGUUCGAUAGCACGCAGUGCAGGUAGAUAAAUAGGUACCGCUCCAGCAGGAAAGUAAACGGCGUUUCCAUGCGCUGCUCUGGUUCACCAGAAGCGACUUAAACAUGCUGGUCACAUGACCCGGAAGCUGUACAGCCGUCUCCCUCAGCCAAUAAAGCAAGUGAGCUCCGCAACCCCAGAGUCGGUCACAACUGGACCUAAUGGUCAGGGGUCCCUUUACCUUACACAACUACAUAGGAUGUGGGUGGUGCUGUGAUGUAAACCACUGAGCCUAGGGCUUGCCAAUCGGAAGGUCAGUGGUUCGAAUCCCCAUGUCGGGGUGAGCUCCUGUUCCUCUGUCCCUCCUCCUGCCAACCUAGCAGUUCGAAAGCACGCAGUGCAAGUAGAUAAAUAGGUACUGCUCCGGCAGGAAAGUAAACGGCAUUUCUGUGCGCUGCUCUGGUUCGCCAGACGUGGCUUAGUCAUGCUGGCCCCAUGACCCAGAAGCUGUCUGUGGACAAACACCGGCUCCCUCAGCCAGUAAAGUGAGAUGAGUGCCACAACCCCAGAGUCGUCUGCGACUGGAUCUAAUGGCCAGGGUCCCUUUACCUAGCCCUAAAAGUGCUCAUUCAAAAAAACCUACUGGAUUCAGUGCAUAGGACUGCAGCCUUUGUGAAUUUACUAUCAGAGUCUAAAGGUGGUGAGUCUGCUUAGAGCUUUGGCAAGGAUUGGUGUAGGUGCACAUUUUCACUAGAACCAGGUCCUUCAAGGUAAGUGGUAGUAAUGCUAUCCCACCCAUCGGCAUUCCAGUUAUGGGCAAUGGGGAAGAACAAAUCAAGCACAAUGGGUGCGAUUAGGGUUGCCAUUGUCAUCAGGGAUAAUAAUUUUAUGACAGCUUUUUAUGUACAGAGGGUUUUUUGGUUUUUUUAUAAAGGCAGAAUCAUGUGUUGGUUCAGUCAGUGGCUUCUGCCUUCAGUUCCAUUGUUUCAGAACAAAAACACCAGGGCCUUUUUUUUCCAACUUUGUACUUUUCAUUAAAAUAAAACUGCGGUGAGUAGGUAUCCAUAAUUAUGUUGUGCUCACAUAAUUGUUUUUCAAUUAUUGCUUUUUUCUAUGUUUUUAGCAGUUCUUGUUUUUAUCUCUAAGCUGCCUUGAGUCCUGUGAGGGGAAAAUGCUUUUCAGUAAUUAAAUGUUUCAUAAACAUAAUUAGUGGUUCCUAAAAGGCGAAUUUUAAAUUCCUGUAAAAAAUCCUGUUUUCUUCCAUGUGUCUGGAACAGAAUGGGGAUAUCCAGAGCAAUUCUUCAAAAAAUAAUAAUUUGGUCACUGAGGCAAGACAAGCAAAAAUAUAGUGCAAUGUGAAACUUUGUGGUAUAGCCUCUCUCUUGCCAUGUGGUUAGGAAUAAGCUAAAUUAUUGCCAGCAUCUGAAUCACAUUGUGCGUGGCCAAGAAAUGUAUGCUACAUAUGCUUAAAGAGCAUAACCAUGGCCAAGUUGUUGCUACCCUUCAGUGAGUUUUAAAAUCAAUAUACUUGCCUGAGGCAGAGUACCUCACAAAAACGCCUCUAAGGCUGUUCAGUCCCACUUUACCCUCACUGCCUUAGGAUGACCCUCUCUGCCUGAGGCUGUUUCUGCUCUGGCCUCACAUAAUAACGUUCACCAUUCCUGCCACCUCUUAAGUUUCACAGCUGGGAGUAUUAAUACAAUUUACCUUAGUGCUUAGGUGCGUGAAUGCUUGUGGUGUCCAGUCUUCUCAUAGCCAAACAGCCAAUGGUGAAAGACACUCAUGGUGCAAAGUUGUACUGAUUGCAAAGGAGAUCCCAUGAAGGAAAAUGCUACAUUCAUAAAUGGUAAAAGGGAAAACUCCAUUGGAUCAGAAGUCUUUAGCAUUUGAAAGACCUGACCGAGAACCAGAGCAAAAUCCAUGGCUGAGCAGCCUCCUGCCCACUUUUUAAAAAAUAAAUAAAUUAUAAUAGCAUAGUCAAAAUUGAUAAAGGCUACAAUCUUAUACAGUAUAUACUGGCAGAGGAAAAGGGGACGGGGGAGAGCACUGCCCCCGGCAGCGUUAUCCUGGUGGGGUGCCAUCGUGGCUGCACCCCUGCCCGCGCAGGGCGUCAUGCACCCACAGGUGGCGCACCACAGCCCCAGGGCAUGUGCCAUGCCCCUGCGGGAGACGCGCCACACCCCUGGGACGCGCACCAGCCACACCCCUGCCUGGUCUCCGCCCCCGGUGCCAGAGCAUGAAGCUCCACCACCGACAAUAUAUACACUUACUUGGUAGUAAAGUAAAGGUAAAGGGACCCCUGACGAUUAGGUCCAGUCGUGGCCGACUCUGGGGUUGCGGCGCUCAUCUCGCUUUAUUGGCCGAGGGAGCCGGCGUACAGCUUCCAGGUCAUGUGGCCAGCAUGACUAAGCCGCUUCUGGAGAACCAGAGCAGCGCACAGAAACGCCGUUUACCUUCCCACUGGAGCGGUACCUAUUUAUCUACUUGCACUUUGACGUGUUUUCAAACUGCUAGGUUGGCAGGAACAGGGACCGGGCAACAGGAGCUCACCCUGUCGCGAGGAUUCGAACCGCCAGCCUUCUGAUCUGCAAGUCCUAGGCUCUGUGGUUUAACCCAUAGCGCCACCCGUGUCCCUACUUGGGAGUAGGGCCCAUUAAACCCACUUGGACUUACUUCUGAGUAGGCAUAUACAGUACAUGAUUGUGUUUUAAAAAAAAUAUUCUGUUGACUUAUCAGCUUUAAUCGCAUAUCUAAAUGCAGAUAAUGGUGGCAGAUCCAUACCUUCAAGCAUCAGCAUUUUGUGCUCACAUCACCAAUUAUCUUUUCUUCUGCAGCCUACCCAACUCCCCAGGCCUCAUUUCCAUUACUGGUGCUCUGAUAGAGGAGAAAGCCUGUGGGAGAUGGGUUGCAGGAGUAACCAUGACAGAUUUGGGAGAUGCGACCAUUCCUCUGCACAUCUCUCUCCAACAUGCACUGCAUCCUAGGUUGUGCUGGCAGGGGGUCCAUUUAGUUACUUCUUUAAAUUUUCCUUUUAAUAAAUUUUAAUCUGUUUCAUUACUUGUUUCCUUUUCUUAUUUGUUUUCACCAACAAUUCAGAAUUUCACAAUUCCCUAUCAUUUUAGUUUGGCUUUUAAUUUCAGACUUUGGUGCUUUUCAUCUGAGUGUUGUAACAUUUUGAGGCUAUCAAGCUCCCCCAGGGCAUCAGACUUCCCAAAAUCCAUAUGGAUUGGUUCCCAUUUUAUAAGAAAUUUUAAAAGAUGCACAGCUGAGAUAACCUUUCAAAUGAUUCCAUUGGGAGAUCCAGUUGCAUUUCUUCUACUUGUAACUUCUGGAUUUACAUCCCUUUCUGCCUGAAAAGCCCAGGCAUUCUCCUUAGAAUCAGAUCUGCCACAUUUCUGAAAAAUAGGACAAAUGCAUCCCGACAGAAACUAAUGGAAAAUUAAUCAACCCCCAACAAAGAAUCACUAUUGUAUUUUUCAUUCUAAAAUUCAUUUUUUUUAAAAGCAACUCAUAUUUUAUAACUAAAAUGAAUAAAACAAAUGCAGCUAAUUUGUUUCAUUUUUUUUAAAUAUAUUUAAACAAAUGCACCUCAGUACCCCAUCCCUCCCACUCUUCUAGUAAUGUGAUUGGAGUAGGGCCUCAUCUGAAGACAUGGGUCUGCCAAAUGAUACUUUACAUCAUGCAUAUGGUAGCCAUUUGCCUAUGUGAUUCCCAACAGGCAAACACAUGUCAAAGCUUGCUUUUCAUACAUGCAGCCCCUUGUAGAUUGGAGCAAAUAUUAUCAAAAUACAUGCUCACCCUGUAGCUCCUCUCUUUUUUCACCAUUCCACAAAAAGCUCAUAUGCUCCCAGUUCCUUUCAUCUGUUUUGUGCAGCAGAUUUGGGAAAGAGGACAGAAUGCCUCUCCAUUUUAAAAACAGAUCUCUCAGAAAAGUAAUUUCAUAUCCAGGCACAAUAUCCAAAUAAACAUUCAUUUUAAUGUUUGAUGCAUCAAAUACUCUGACAUUGCCAGCUCUCAAAAUAAAUGGUUUGUUUUAGAGGUUGGAUGUGUCAUAUUAGCAUCCACCCAGGAGAUAAGAAAAGAGAAAUAGAUCAGAGAGUGAUCAGGACAUCAGGGAGACAGUUUAGAGAGAGAUGAGAGAGGCCAGUUACCAGGGAAAAUGUAAAGAUAAAAAAUAUAGAUAGAUGAAAAAGGCAAGGAAAAAUGUAUAAAUAGGUCAUUGCAGCCCAACUGGAAAAGGAGUUUAAUUUUAACUUGUUAGUCGUAGUCUGUAGAGGCCUGGCCUCUCUCCCAAGGAUAUAUUUAUUAAGCCAUGACAUGACUUAUUCAGGAGGAUGGGUGGAUGGACAGACAGAUAGACUCAAAGUGAUAGGGAAACAGUAAAAGUGAAUUCACAUAUUGUGGCACUGAGGGUUUGUACUGGGAGAGCACAGCCUCUUGGCAGAGGGAAUUAGUCUUAUUGAUUGGUUAGUUCCCAUUAUAGCACCAUAUUAAACUUUUCUUCCUCGCUGUCACUUCAAUGUUUCCUCUUUUGCCCCGCUCGCCAAUUCACAGGGCACAGUUUUCAGGUUCAGGAAUCAUUCCCAUGAUGUCUAUAUGAGCACUGAGGACAUAAUCAAGCCUGUCCAACGUUGCGCUGGGCGCAGGGUGUUUUCUGCAGCCAGGCUAGUGUUGUGCUUGGCAGACUUCCAGUUUUCCUCCUGGGAUAUAUUUCUCUUCAGAGAAGAGGGCAGGAAAGGAUUUCUAACACACACAAAAACUUCAAAAGUUAUUUUUCUAUAUAGACAAAUGGAGACUUAGCAGGGUCAUGGCACCCCAAAUACCAAGGAAUUAAAAAUUGAUCAACUAAAGGGGAAGCAAACAUUGUCAGGUUCUUUGAAGUUAAUAGAGUGGAUCUCAUUAAACACCAGAAGAAAAUGUUAUCCUUAAGGUUAUUUCAUUUUUAUUUUAUGGUGUUAAGUGUCAGUUGACACAUUACAGUGUUGAAGUCUGAGAAAAAUAGUUGGCCUUUCCGUGAAACUAUACACCUUCAUACAGAAUCCUUAAGAGCAAUGUAAUGGGUUCACAUGGAAUUACCUGGGAGCCCCAAUUAGUUUUUCAUUAAUAAGCUUUAUGCCUUUCGUAGUCUCAGCCACAAUUUCCCCCCGGAACCUCUCUUUUUAGUCUUUGCAAAUAUAUGUGAAAUUUAUUUGGCUCUCAAGACCAUAAGGGUGUUAAGCACUUAUUUAACUCUCUCCCACUGAUAUAAAUGGGAAUAGUGCUUCACUUCCACUGGACCACACUCAUUAUGCUGCCUGCCAUGCAAAACUGCACUUUGUUCCUCGGCUUUUUUAUAAUUUGGGUAAAUAUGCAGUCAAGGUGACAUAAAGGGAGAUAAAAAGAUUACCAUUUUCAAUAGAUUUGCUAUCCCUGUUAUCUCACACGCAUCCAAACUGAGACUGAAUCUUCACAGAAAUGGUGCCUGGUUUUUUUCCUCCUCCUGAUGAUCAUCUGAAGGGAGCAGCAGAAAAAGAAUGGAAGAGCAUGAGUUAUUUUUAAAGAAUGCAUCAAGCUCCCAUUGCACCCUCUGUGUAUAUAUAAGAAAAUGCCAUGAUGGUCAUGGAUAAAAGAUUGUUCACCUAUGAAAAGGGUGAUACAGUUUUUCAUUGCCAAAGCUCAUUAGCAUCAUUGUAAUGAGUUAUGGUCUUUGUUGUGAGAGAUGAGAAAUCCUGUAGUCUCGCCCUAAAGAACAUUAAAGAAACAUUACUGGCAGGAAAUUGGAAAAGUAAUAUAUGUUAGAUGGAAUAUGACAACUUUUUCUGAUAGACCAGACAGAUAAAUGUCACCUACAAGUUUCAAAAUACAUUUAAUUUUGCCAUCACAAUAGACAAUAUCUUCAUAAAAUAUAUAUGAAUCAGCUUUUAAUCAUAAUACUUGACUGUGAUAAACAAAUGCAUAUUUGAUAACACUUUUUUUUAAGCUAUCUGUACCCACGCAGGCAUGACUCUUUGCUACUUUCAGUUCUUUAAACUUUUGUUGCUGAUUUGAGGAUCUUAGACUAGCAAACUUUAAGGAAUCUGAAGUUGGUUGAACCCUCUCAGUAAAAACAUGGAUAUCUAUUUGUGUCCUUUUUUCCAGUAUGGUCUUUAACACCACUUAGCUAACAUUGAUCUAAGUGACUACGUGCAUUCACAAAAUCAGAGUAUAUACUGAACAAUUUAUAUCACUUUUUCUAUCACAAGGAGAUAAGCUAGGUUCAAUCAAGCUUUGAUAACAACACAUUAUAUAGAGUUACUAUUAGGUCUGCAUAUAUGGGGAAACAUAGUGAGCUGCUUUACACAUAGUCCUAAAAAGGGUUGCCAUAUGUCCUCUUUUUCCAGGACAUGUCCUCUUUUUCAUGAGUAGAGUCGUCAUAGCAAUCCAUAGUUAAAAGCAGAAGUCGGCAAAUGUGUCUUCUUUUUUGCUCUUCAAAAUGUGGCAACCCUAUUAAGCCUCUUGAUGUUAAGGUUCUUGUUGGUUAGGCAGCCUUUGUGUCGUCUCCUCUUCGUGAUACUUUUUAGUUCUCUUUGUCUUAUUCCCAUAUUGCCUUCAUGUUUCACAACUUGUAAUCUUUACACUUCCAUAUUGUGUUUUUUGAAUAACUUAAGCGUAAAGGUAAGGACCUAGACUCAAGAAUUCAUGACGAAAUGAGUUUAGGGAAUAACAAGAUAUAAAAUUGAGCCUCUACUCUGAGCUAUGCCUGAAUAAUUGAAAGAACAAAUAAGAGCCCAAAGGCAACUUUACUAUUAAUAAAACAUUUCAUUCCUUCAUACAUCCAAAACUUUCAGGCAAACUAGCAGAAGUUAAUGAAAUUAUAAAGACAGAAAGCAUGAUUCAGCAAUCUCCCUGCAGAUGUUGGGGUCUGAAUGCAAGACCAUUGCUCCCCAUUCAUAUCAGUGAAGGAAGCUCCUCCAUGAAAACCAUGGGAUGUAAGCAUAGCACAGGUCCUUCCAGAGAUUUGAAAGACGAAAGCCAUACAUAUGCAGGAGUUUCAUUUCUGCACUGUCCAUUAGAAGGGUUGUAAUCAUGCUGCUACUGGGGUACAAGGUUUAAAGCUGAACUGCAUACUUGCACAACAUAAAUCUGCUUAUGAAACAAGAAUUUCAGUUUCUUUUCUUCCUCCUCAUGCCUCACCCCAAAUCCGCUCCAGAGAAUAUCCUAACCUUCAGGAGUUGAUUUGUGGGGCUGAGAGGAAAGAGAAGCCCCACUGAGUGACCCGAUGUCCGCUUGUGCAUCUUACCUAUAGUGCACAACUUCAUGAACCAUGUAGGCAAUGACAAACUUCCUCUACCCACAAAGCUAGCAAGUCAAGGACAAAGCUGCUCUAGGCUGAGCUCCCUGAUUUAUUUUAAUCUGUAUAGUAGGCAUAGGCAAACUCUGUCCUCCAGAUGUUUUGGGACUACAACUCCCAUCAUCCCUAGCUAACAGGACAGUGGUCAGGGGUGAUGGGAACUGUAGUCUCAAAACAUCUGGAAGGCCGAGUUUGCCUAUGCCUGCUGUAUAGGGUUGCUGGGGAACUUCCGUACAUGCUUGAAUGUGUGACUAGCCCCUUAGAGUGCUACAUACUAUAAAUGAAGCAUUAGCAUCUACAGUCAUACCUCGGGUUAAAUAUGCUUCAGGUUGAGCGUUUUCAGGUUACGCUCCAUGGCGACCCGGAAGUAACGGAAUGCAGACACUCAAAAUGACGUCACGUGCAUGCACAGAAGCGGCGAAUCGAGGCCCGCAGACAUGCAGACGUGGGUUGCGCUCGCUUCAGGAUGCGAACAGGGCUCCGGAAUGGAUCCCAUUCGCAUCCAGAGGUACCACUGUAUUCCAUUUAUUUGAUGGGGCAUUUUGAGGAAGGAAAGGAAAUUGUAAGAGUCUGUCAUUUCUAAAAUAUUCCCGCUGCAUGUAUGUUUGGGGGGUACAACCUUCCAGCGUCCCUGCACACGUUCAAAUAGCAUAAUUCAUUCAUUGCAAAACCACAACACUUUAAUACAACAGGCCUGUCCUCCUGCCUCUGACCUUACAAACUGUUCACUUCAGCAAUGUCAUUCUCAAAAUGCCUGACUGCAAUCCCAGAAAUGCAUUUUAAACGUGGAUGCAAACAUUUCUAUUACUGAUAAAACUAGCACAGCAAUUUUUUGCCUUGUGGGGGGACUGGAGCCUUGCUGGCUGAAGUUACAGGCCCAGAAGUGACACUUCAAGGCCAUGUCCUUUGCGACAUGUGAAUCAAAUGUUUUCAUUUAUUUAUUUAUUUCACAAGGCUUCUGCUGACAGCGUUAAAAAGAAAGAUAAUUCUUUUCAUUUGGUAACAUUUGUUGAAGUAAAGAUAGAAUGCCCACACUAGGCUGACCACAAUCUUUCCUUGUUAUAGACAAAUGAUAAUUUGAACUCUGCAUCAACAGAGAUGUUUAAAGGCAGAGUAUACAAAACAUCCCUGAGGUCUUGUUUAUUUCUUCCCAAGACCCCAUUCCCACCCACAACCUCCGGAUAAAGCUCAGCAUAUGCGAGACAAGAAUAUGUCAGCAUGUUGGAUUGCUACUUGCCACUCACUCAUAACAUAUUUUUUAAAAAAUGUUGUUGUGUAGGAGCUUCCAUAAAAGUAUUUUGGCAUGACAUGGUUCACGUCGGAGCCAUAAAUUUUGUCAGAUGCUUACCUUGUGGACUAACUGCCAUGGUUAAUAUUAAAAGUAGGUUUGGGAGCAAUUUUGUGUGCUUAAAUACGAUUUGUCUUGAAUUUAGUCAGGUGGUGACCUAAAUGGCUUCUUAUAAUUGUCUAAUCUUAAAAAUCCUAUAUAUUACAAAUAUCAAUAUAAUUUGAUACGAGUAUACAGUAGGUCACAUAUUAGCCUGCUGCCCUUCACACAAGGACUUUAACCAAAUCACCUUACAGUCCACUUGCUAAAAAUUGGCCAAAGAUUCCCUAUACCACUGGUUUUUCAAAUGUUUUAUCAGGGCAUAGUUGCCUUUGACUGGACUUAACCAUCCAGGGGUCCUUUACAUUUUAUCUUUAUUCACUGGAACCACUGCCAAACAUGUUCUAAUUGUUUGCUUAAAACACAUCCAGCACUUAUCCCUUGAUAAGUCCUAAAUUGACUCGCAAUUCAGCAGUGCAGGGGAAUAUCAGUAAUGGUGGGCAAACUUGUAUAUAUAGCCCAAGGCUCCACAGAACCCAACUUGAAAAUGGCUGAAGAUUUCUAUCUGAUACCAUUUGGCAAACAUGGCCACAACUUCAAAUACUGAUUGUACACCACCCAGUUUCUAAACCAGUCAAAAUGUGUGUAUUUUGGACCAGAGUUCGUUGCUUAUAUACAUACUAUGAUUGUAAACCUUUCCUAUUAAAUGUUUGUAACCUAUAGAAUUUCACGUUUUCUUUCUUGUAGAUCAUUGGAACAAUCCCACUGAUGCCUAAUCCAGUCUCAUCUAACCAGUCAGCCGGAGGAGCUCAGGGCCUUCAAGUGCAGCCAAUCACGCCACAAUUACUGACCAAUGCCCAGGGGCAAAUCAUUGCCACAGUCAUUGGGAACCAGAUCUUGCCAGUGAUCAACACCCAGGGAAUCACACUUUCGCCACUCAAACCAGGCCAACAGGUAAGUUAUGAAUGUAGCAUUUAAAUUAACUGAGAAAUAGUUAAAAUAUAUUGAUUUGCAUUUUCCUCCCCACUGUCACUCUUUGGGUAGGGGUGUUAGGCAAGGAGGAGGGGCAAAUAAAGGCAGCCUUCAGUUUCAGCCCAAAAUGGUGUCCAAGCCCUCUGUUAACUCCACAACUGCCAGUUUGUUGUCUUACGCAACGGACUUUAUAUUCCAUAUAUAAUCAGAUGCACUUUUGGAAUGUUCAGGCAGUUGUUAUGGUAUAUUCUCUAUCUUAAGAAAGAGGUUCAGGGCUGCAGAGAUCAAGCCUUCAGCCACUCAACCAGCAAGAAAAUUCUAAGGCGGAAUAUGCAUUCCCUCUUUUUCCUUAUUGUUUCAGGUAUCUCUGGCCCUGAUUAGCUGUAUCCCAGCCAAUCUGUUUGGGUGAAUAGGCACACUCUAAAGCAGAGCUUUCCAAACUUUUCAUGCUGGUGACACACUUCUUGGACAUGCACCAUUUCACAACAAAGUAAUUCAGUUUUACUAGCAAAUCAGAGGUUAAACUAACCCCUUUCCAGCUUUUGCACAACACACCUACACACUGCAGCUGACACACUAAUGUGUGGCGAUGCACAGUUUGGAAAGCUCUGCUCUAAAGCAUAAGCUUUUGCUGGAUUGGGCAAAGUUCCACCCAGUCCAGCAUCCCAAUUCUCUGGUGUUUGUGACCAGCACUUGGGUAUUCAGGUGCAAAACAGCUUGAAAAUCUUCAUGGUUCAGAUUAUACUCUCAUUUGGGUAGUGCCAGCCCAGAGGUGCAAUCCCUGAUGCCUACCUUGGGCCUUCCUUUCCUACCUGGUGUGUGCCAUUAGGCAUCAUACAAGAUUACUUUAUCAUCCACCUACUCUCAGCUAACAGAACCACAUCCCACAUGUUUGUUUUUCUUUAUUUUGAAGUUUUCCUGCUCUUUUCCCAUUCCUUCCUAACCUGAAAUCAACAUGGUAUUGGGGAAACAGCAGUGUAGUCAAAUGGUUCCUCAUUCCUGAAAGGCUGUUUCUCCACCUCUGAGGAUGCUGAUUCACCGUGGAACGUGAUAAUGAAGCCGCUACCUUGAUCUGAGUUGUGAAGGGUUUCAAUAGAGUUUGGAAAACACAGCCAGAGCUACAAAUUCUCUUCACAUAAGCACACUCACCCACUCACACUGACACACUACAGCAUCCCCGUUUCACUAGUUAACACAGUUCUGUGUCUGAAGCAUACAGAGCAAAUGAAAUAUCCAUAAACAUAACCAUUUUUUAGAGGACACUCAGUUACAUGAAUCUUGAAAUGCUAAAAUGAUUUUGCUUUUUGACCCACAAAGACAUCAUCAUAGUAAAAAGCUUGCAGCGUAAUUUACACAGCCAAAUUACAUUUAUUAUUUAAAAACACCCACCAAGUAAUCUGAUUUGCCGUGCUUGAAUGGAUAUAUAUCUGAAUAGUUCAAAAAUACAUUUUCAAGUUGUUAUUUUUUCAACAGUAACCAGUUAGCCACUUUGGGUUAUAUUAAAUUAAUAAAACACAUAUUAGAUUGCCUGUGCAUUUUAUGUUCUAUCUCAUGUUAUAAUCCAUCAUCCUUUAUUUGUAAUACAGUCAUAUUUCCGGGAGAGGAGGGAAUGCAAGACGGAAGUUUGUGUCUGAAUUCAUUUAUUGUUCCAUUGAUAUUAGAAAGGCUAACAGUUUGCACAAAUUUCUUCUUCUGUGUAUAUGUACUAUUUAGGACACAAUUCAUUUGAGGUUACCCACUUUCAAGUAGCUCUUUUGAUGCAGUAGGAGAUAUUUAAGUACAAUGCUUAACUCUCCCAUUCAGAUCAACAGAGCUCACCUAGAAGGAUUUAACUUUGGCUGAUCAUGCCCUUACUUUCGAGGAGAGGUCAAGACUGCACAGUCACAUAUACAUCAAGAAGACUAUUCUGAGAUAACAAACAAAAUAAAUAAAUAAAUCUUGCAUUACAGUUUAUGUUUAGAUUUCAAAGUUAAUUUUAAAAUGUUGUAUUCAAAGUUAAAAAUCUUAACUUGGGAUAUAGUUCUUAAAAUUCAGACCCCAGCGUUUCUGCUACAAACAGGUUCACUUCCAGCAGUGACUGCACUAGGACAGAUAGGGAGUUUGGUUGCAGAUUGGAUAUAUGACACAGCCUGUUUCUUAUUAGUCUUCAUCCAGCCCACCACAAUACCCAACUACUGGCACAAGAGUCGAAGGGGUGGGAUAUAAAUAAAUAAAGAAUCUUUAAUAUUAAGAGCAUUGUGCCAGGCAGAGAACGUAGUACAGUGACAGCACCUUAUCAAUUCUUGUCUCUCUGCUGACUGUUUGUUUCUUUAAUUUUGCAUUUAGCUCCACCAGCCAUCCCAGACGCAGGUGGGGCAAGCAGCAUCCCAGUCCAAUCUCCUACAUUUAGCUCACAGUCAAGCAUCUAUGUCUCAGAGCCCCGUGCGGCAGGCUUCCUCUUCCUCCUCUUCCUCCUCCUCAUCUUCAGCUUUGAGUGUUGGCCAGUUAGUCAGCAGUAAGUAUCGCCUUCUUGGUAUCCUUAUUUCACUUUCUCCAUCCCAACUUUUCUUCCUUGCUUUUGUGAAGUACCUGUAAGUAUGGCCAACUGGAAAAAUAAGCAAGUCAUUGACUGCUGAAUGGUGCAAAUGCCGGUAAUAAGAGUUUUAGGCCUAAGUUAGAAUUUUUUAUGCAAUGUGCAUUAAUUCUGAAUGUGGCCCCACAGACUGACUCCAAUGCCCAGUCCCCCUGAGUCAGUCCAGGAGGAUACCAUGAUCAAUGAUAUCAAAAGCUGCUGAGAGAUUGAGCAGAAGUAACAGGAUGGUACUCCUGUUUCUCCCUGAUGAUAAUCUUUCAGGUUGACUAAGACUGGUUCAGUUCUGAAAACAGGUCUGAAUUCAGAUUAAAGUAGAUCUAGAUAAUCCAGGAGUACCUGCAGGAAUAGUCAAGACAAACCGUGAUACCUGGCUGAUGUGCGCCAUUUGGCACAGUAAACAGCGCAGCAGAAAACCAUGCAGAGAAAGGAGGCCAAGGCAGAUGUAUGGGGAAAGAGAGCUCGUGUUGUGAUUGCGAAGAAAUAAGCAAAAAUGGUCUCCCUGUAGAAACUCAUCCCUGCCUGUAACAGUUAGAAACAGUUACCAUGUGACACUUGUGAGUCUUCAUGCUUUUACCCAUAUUCCUGCUAGCAGAUGGAAAGGGAACGAAACCUCACAACAUGGUGGCCAGGGUAGGAAUCAGCUGCACAGGGAGGCCAUUCUCUGUGGCAGGCUUACUAUAACAUGUCCUGUACCCCACUUCUGAGUUUUAAUUAGUUGCUCUGGACGCAAUUGAGAUGCAGAUGCAGUUCUGCUGCUGUAGCUAAAUCAGGCCCGGCCCGUAAACGGGAGAUCUAUAGGGAAAGCACAAAAACCCCAGGGUCACCAUGAAAAAAGCCCCCAUCCAUGUUCUGUAGAGUUUAUUAUACGUGCCACCCCAAUCUGCAAGAUUUCAGGGGAUCCAGGUGCCUACCCAGGGCCUGUGUUUCAUUUUGGAAAUAAGGCACAAUGAAAGCUAUGGUGUCUUUAUGAUAUAUGGUUUUAUUUGCAUAUAUAUACACUUGAACCUAGAUGGAGAGAGUUUAGAGCAUCCAUACCCCAAGAGGCUCUGGUCUCCUCCAUAAGCACAACACAACAUUCACAGCUUGCCCUAGCCAGCCCACACGGUGCUCUGUCCCUUCUUCUGCUUCCCAAAUCACUUGCAAAACUGGCCCCUUUUUUUUCCUGUUGACCCUUCCUGAACUCCUAAACCCCUUUGGUCUCUGCCCACCAACACACAGCUGGAGGAGGGUCCCCUGUCUUCCUUGCCUGGCAGUCCUUGCUCUCUCUUGAUGGUUUCCUUGAUGAGCCUUCACAGGUCUCUGUUUCUUAAUGGCUUACACUCAGCUAGCCCUGACAGGCUGGUCUGGCUCGUUAGCAUAAGCUGCAUCCAACAGCAUUUGGCACAGUUUAAUCAAACCUUGAUUAAUUCCAACUUUUGCUAAACCCAGGAAUCAUGGGUGCCUUGCACCCACAAAACUCUGGCACCCCAUCACAUAACAAUUAGCAAUACAAAUAGAUGAUUCUUGAAAUACAAUUUAACCAGAUGCCCUUAAAAUAAUAAUAAUAAUAAUAAUAAUAAUAAUAAUAAUAAUAAUAAUAAUUUAUUUAUACCCUGCCCCUCUGGCUGAGUUUCCCCAGCCACUCUGGGCGGCUUCCAAUCGAGUGUUAAAAACAAUACAGCAUUAAUUAAAAACAAUACAGAAUUAAGCUGGGCGGCCUCAUAUGGAAAAAGGAGUUCCCUCUCUGCCCGUUUUCAGAAUGUUCACUCCAUCCUAGUCAAUCUAGACUAAGCAUUUGAUACAAAAACUCUAUGAUGGGCUAGGAGAAUUUGUAAGGAAUUCUAGUCAGUAGAAUUUUGACCAUCAGCCUGAUAAAUAGCAAUUUUCCUGCAGCAGUUCUGCAGUAAGACUGAGAAUAGUUGUGAGCAUAAGAUGUUGGUCUGCACACUGAAUUGUAGCCAAGUCUGGACCACUGAUGACUUGCAUUUAGAGAAAUGAAUUGAUUCUUGUGGUAAAAAUAUUUCACAUUGGAACAUCUCCGGAAUGAUAGAGACAUUGUGCCAAGGGAAUGGCUUCACUAUACGCAGGAGUGAACAACGCUUUGAAAUAUUCCACUAUCCCAGUCCCAUGCUGUCUCCACCGGCUUCGGGAAUGCUUUCAUUUAGCAAGGGAUCAGUUGCUGGGGGGGGGGGGGUUGGGGGGGUACCACCUCCAACUGUUGUGUCAUUUCCCUUGAUAAGUCCUAAAUUGACCGCAUUUCCAGCACCAAAGGAGCCUUCCUCUGCUAGAUACCUUUUAUUAUGUGCCCUUUCAGGGACAAAAGCUGUGUCAGUACAUUGCGACGGAGGCAGAAGACCAAUUUAUUCUCGCAGCAUUAUGAGCAUUAUCUUCUGAGGGUCCAAUGAAAAAAUAAAGCAGGUGUCAGUGUUACUAUUUUAAGGUUGUGCUUGCAUCACCCUAACGGGCCACUGUUUGGGGUGAUGCAGAAGAAAAAUCUUGCAAAGGGUCCAGUGUACGAGCACUGUCUAGUUAAAUGACCCAAACACCUUGAAGAUAGUUUUUGUGAUGCAGUUUUUUAAGACAAAAUAGAACAAAAUAUCCAUUGCCUUUUUACUAAGUUAACACAUUUCCCAAAAUCGGUUCUCUCUUUAGUUGUUCCCCAAACCUACUAGGAACUAGUUUUACUGGAUGAACUCUUUGAGAAUGAUUCAGGGGCUGACUGGGCAAGGUCACCAACAAUCUCCCAUACAAGCACUAUGAAAUAUCUGGUCAGCAGGCAUUGUUUUUAAUGCUUUCCACCACAACUCCUUUCACCCUAAGUUGGCAACAGGGAGGCAUCCAGUGCCUUUGCUCUAUCUUUUUGUUUGCUUCCCAAAGCCGUGCCAAUAAUGGAGGUUACGCUAAUUCCAUUUUAUAUGCAAUGAAGAAUUCAAACCCUUUUCUUGUAUUUCGACAGAUCCCCAGACAGCCUCCAGCGAGGUGGAUGGGGUGAACCUUGAGGAAAUCCGAGAAUUUGCCAAAGCUUUUAAAAUCCGACGCCUGUCACUUGGUCUCACCCAGACGCAAGUUGGUCAAGCUCUAAGUGCCACAGAAGGUCCAGCCUACAGCCAGUCUGCCAUCUGCAGGUAACAAGAUACACAGCAAAUGCUCAUUUCUCCAGGCCCCUCUCUCACGGCUUAUUAUUGCUUCUUCUGCCGCCUUUAUUGCUUUAAUCACAUGUCCAUGGAAAAGAGCUCCUUUGUACGGAAGACGUAGAGAGAGGAGUGGAUGCUCUUGUGAUGGAGUAGAUAUAUUUCAGCACACGUCCUUAAAAUAACUUUCAUCUCCUUCCCCCCACCCUUUACUUUUGUAACAAGUAGGAAACAAUAAAUAUGUUCCUGGCCUUGAGACAUAAUUCAGUAGUGGAACGGGAGACCCUGCUGCUGCUGCCGCUACUGCAUAAGCACCAGCUGACCCUCUUCAUACUGUGCCAUUUUCUACAGAUGGGGUUACUGAACAAAUAUUUCAUGGAUGCUUCCCUGCCAGGUUUAAGCCUGUAGUACCAUAGCUCGCACUUCACAUCUAAGAUGUUAAUGAUGAUUUUCCCAAAUGAUACAGAGGAGAGUGCAGGGAAUCUAUAUAAAGCCAUAAUGGCUUUUUUCAGACUUUCUGGGAUUAAUCAUAUAUCACUCUCCAGUGUUUCAAAAAAAGCAUGGAUUCAAGUCGGGGAAAGAAUAAUGCCCGGAGAGUGACAAAAUAAUGAAACCAAAAGCAGUCUUGACAGAGUUAAAGGUCUUCAGAGCAAAGUCCCUAUGUCUUCAUGUGUGUGUGUUACACUAAUCCCAUGUUUAUGCAUGAGGUAACAAACACACUUAGGUAACAGCUUUUUUCUCUUGGGCAAUGCCUCGUAGUCCUCCUCCAUCAGUGAAAGCCAAGAAACCAACUCUAAGCUCAUUUAAGUGGAUUUUGUUCUUGGUGAUCCAUGAAAUGCUCUGUCUUUUUAUCUGCUCUUUAUACUUUUAAUGUAUUCCCCAUAGAAUGGAAAUGUACUUUUCCUGCAGUUUAAGACUAAGGUUAUAAAUAACAUCAGUAUGGGGUAGUAAGCUUGCAGCUCACAUUUUGCUCAAUGAUUUUCCAUAAAACCCAUUGAUUGUUGUUAAAUACAAAAAGCUCCAUAGGAUCCUCUCACUUCUAUGGUGUCCCCUACUGUUUUUUCUUAUAAGAUACCUCCCUGUAGAAAAUAACCUUUAUUCAGUCUAUACAAGGAUACCACUGCUGGGAAAUUUGUUUCAAGACUUGUAUAUCGUUAUUCCAAACAUCACAUACUGAAGCACCAGCACAAACAAGUCACACAAUUGUUAUGAAAAUGGCCCUCCUCCCCACUCCCUGUUAUUUAACUUUAACUUUAUUUCAUCUCAGUGGUCAAUUGGUAGAAGAAACCUAAACAAAAAGAGGGUUGUUGUUGCUUUUAAGGCAACUGCUAUUUUAUAUUUUUGCAUUGCACUGUGACAUGGUACUAUAAAUCCACCCAGCUGGAUUUGCAUGUGCUUCGUUUAAUCAUCCCAGUUUUUUGUUUCGUCUAAUGCACAGCUGCUAACUACAUGGGAUGCUUCACAUAUCCCUUUGAAGUCCAUGGCAAAUCCCUUGGAAGAUUUCAGUGAUGCUGGAUUUCAACACAGAUCUGAAUGCUUGGAAUUAUAAUAUAUGAAAUUCCUUGAACAAAAAAUAUGACUGGAUUUAAUUCCAUGUUUAAGAGACCUGCAGUCACAUAUUGUUGCAGAUAUGUAGAGGAAAUGACCAAAAUGUAUCUUUUUUUAAACCUACAGAUAGCUUACAUGACUAAAUAAAACAUUGCAGUACUUUACCAUGCCACAAAAUUGGCAACAGCUUAGUAACAUGGUAGCUACUGCCUGAUAAAUUUUGCACUAUAUAUGCAAAAAAAGGUAAAUGGACAAAAUUAUGCCAGGAUCAAUCCCAUAAUUAAGCAAUCACCAACAGCUGUCUAGGCCAGCCCUUCACAGAGGCCAGCAAUUUUGCAGCAGGAACAGAUAGAGAAUUUUUCUCCCCACUGCCACCUACAGUACACGAGAUACUGCCACUUAGGCAACAGGAAGAAAGAUGACAAACUUGAUGGAAAAUGGGUCAAGCAAAGGACAGCAUUAUGAUGGGUUGUGCAAAGAGUCCAGUAGGCUUUAGGUCAGGGGUUAGGCACAGAUAGAUAUUAUGAGCAUGGGAGCAUGGCAGCAAUUGUUUGACAAUCUUGGUGAACAUGGAGGUAGAAGAUCAUCAAUUCAUGGCCUAUGUAGGAUGGAUGAUAAUGGAAUUCUCAGUCUCGUGAGCAUCGUAAUCUAACUGGGAAAUGGGAACGAUAUUCCAAUAAUUUGUCCAGGUAGUUGAAAUAGUUAAGGCCACUGGUGGCUUUGGCAUUGCGAUUCAGUUUAACUGAUAUAUAUAUUAUAUUCCACUCCUUUUGUACUGAGCACAACGUUAUCCACAAACUUUUUCCCAUCAACAAUGGCUGGUGAAUUACUCAACUUUGUCCAAGUUCAAAUUUGCUAUGUAUACAAGGGGGACAAUGCGAAUCACUAGAGUUUUCUGUUAAAUGCUAAUGUGACAGUGCUAAAUAGCUGAAUAGGCAGGACAAUUCUCAGACCUACCUCAAGAAAAUGGGAGAGAAAUCUGUAGACAUAGGUUUCUCGAACAAACCCAGAGUUCCUUGGGUCUUGAGCUGUGAUUCACAAUUUAGUUACCCCACAGUUGCUCCCAGGACCUCUGGGUGCGUGCAAAGAGUCAUCUCAUUUUGUCUCAGCAGCAGCCUUGUAAGUUUGGUUUAGGAGGUGGUGGCUUGCCCAAUGCUAGCCUGCUGACUGCAGGAAUUUCAAUCCAGUCAAACCAACAUGUUAGCCAAUCUAGGAACCACUUCCUUUAGUAAAAAAUUUUUUAAAAAAAUGUGUUAAGAUCCCUUCGACUGCAAUGGGAUUUCAAAGGGCUUGUUCAUCCAGCUCUUGUAAUUAACAUUUAAGGGAAAUGGUUUCCAUGUACUGUUCAACAUGAACAUGUAUAUGCCCAUCGCAAGCAUGUACAUCAGGGAUGGGGAACCUGUGUCUCCUCCAGAGCCGUCCAGUUUGCGCCCCCUAGGCACGGACAAAUUAGCUCUUCCUUCUGCUUCUCCUCCAACCCCCACCCACCCAUUCACUUCACCCUCUAUUUAAAACCAUUUCUUAUGAGGCAAUGAUCAAUAUUUAUAUUUAUGGACAUAUUUUUAGCCUUUUUGCACCCUCUAAUCGUCUGCGCCCCUGGUGGGGGCCCACCUCACCACCCUCUAGCUACAGCCCUGGUCUCCUCCAGAUGUUAAAAGGUUCCAACUCCCAUCAGCCCCAGCCAGAAUGGCCAAUAGUCAGGGGUGAUGGGACUUGUAGUCCAGCAGUAUUUGGAGGGCCAGAAGUCAACCACACCAAGUCCAUUGUAAAUGGAGCACAUUCUUUCAAGGGCAAUGGCACUUAUGCAAAAGUAUUACAUUCUGAGACCUAUAUUGGGAAUAUUAAUUGGACACCAAAAAAUGAACAAAUGUAAUUUAUAAAACUACAAAAAGAGUCAUUUGUUAAGUCAGCCGGUGAUGCAAGACUUGAACUGGACAUGCUUUACAAAGACUAAAGUCCUCGGUAUAGUUUUCUUUCUCCCGAUGGCGUGGAAGAUUUGUAAAAUCUGGUCUAGCAAAGGACUUUUGAUGGCAAAAUGAUACAUAGAGGACUUCAUUUACAGGAAAUGAUAUCAUUCGGCACAGUGUGCAGACAUCCCACAAUAAACCCAGCUUGAUACCACAGUAUAUUAGUCCACUAUUAUGCUGGGUUUCAUCUGGAAGGCAUGAGUUUCUUUUAGUGCAACUACUUGUGGAGGUAUUGAAGGUAAUUACAAUGUGUCCAGCUGUUUGAACUGAAGACAGCAACAGCUUUGGGAAUUCUUUUCCUACCCAGAGAAGGGACACGGUGUUAACUUGCAUACAGUGAAAAUUGCUUAAAAAUGAAAAGGAAAAGGAAACCUGAAAUUCAGAGGCUAACAGGCACUUUGUGAAAUUAAAACAGCAGCAUUUGAGCAAUAUGCUACAGGAAGGGAACAAGAUCCCAGUAGAAGUAAAAAUGAAUCAAAAUGCCACUGAUGUCAUUUCCUGUUUUUAGCUUUUGUGUUAAGCUUGAAUAUUGUGUAUAGGAUUUUGAAGGCGGGGGGGAGAAAGCUUUGAAAUCUGAAAUAUGUGCCUUCGACAGUAGUAACAGAAGUGAGAACUCAGAGCAUGCACAGAGUUCUAUCCACUUAAAUGAAGGCCCUCGAUCUGUAUGCACCUUCUUUAACCAUUAAGACUUAAUGCAUGUGAUCAGUAUCUUCCAAUGUGUACCAAAGAUCCACGUGAGCCACAGAAUGUACAUGGAUCUCUGAAACACUGGGUAUAUGAAAUAGCAUUCUGACAGCAUUUUGUCACUGUGAUUGUUUUUGUUUGUUUAAAUAGAUAUCUAUAUAUUUGUAGAACUGAUAGUUUUCAUAAUCCAUUGUAAAUAUCCUCUGCCAGUCGAUUAGGCAGGUAGGCAGGAAGUCCCAGCUGGCAGAGCAUCAGUGUAAGACUCUUCUUUCUCAAUUUUCCCCUCAGACACACCAUCCUGAGAAGCCACUUUUUCCUACCACAGGAAGCCCAAGAGAACACUAUAGCUAGCAGUCUGACAGCCAAACUGAACCCUGGCCUUUUGUAUCCUGCCAGGUUUGAAAAGCUGGACAUCACCCCUAAAAGUGCCCAGAAGAUAAAGCCGGUUCUUGAACGAUGGAUGGCUGAGGCUGAGGCCCGCCAUCGGGCAGGCAUGCAGAAUCUCACUGAAUUUAUUGGAAGUGAACCAUCCAAAAAGCGCAAGAGGCGGACCUCAUUCACGCCGCAGGCUCUUGAGAUCUUGAAUGCCCAUUUUGAGAAGAACACGCAUCCCUCUGGGCAGGAAAUGACGGAAAUUGCAGAGAAACUGAACUAUGACCGGGAAGUAGUUAGAGUCUGGUUCUGCAACAAGAGGCAAGCACUGAAGAACACAAUUAAACGCCUAAAACAGCACGAGCCUGCGACGGCGGCCCCAAUGGAGCCCUUAACAGACUCUCUGGAAGAAAACUCUUAA